CUUUGAACCUCCUCCUCGCUUCACUCCAAUCCCCUGUCCCUGUCUGUCCCUAUCCACUCCAUAAUUCUUCGACCCAUUUUGUAAUUCCGCAGGCCAUUCCGAGUGCAGAGUCACCACCAUCUUCUUAUUCUUCUGCGCACCCGCCUCUGCCGUUCUGGCGACUUGUCCCUCGGCUCUGGAAAUCCUUUCCUUGCUUGCCUUCUUUCAUGUGCAAUGGCCGCGAGGAUUGGGUCCUUCAGGCACAGCUUCUUGGACAAGAGCAAGGAGAGGCUCCUCUCCAGAAAAGGGUACUCUGACUUCGGCCUGAACAGCACGGAUGGGAGCGAUAAUGGCGCCAAAUGCAGGUGCUUUAGGUCGAUUUCGGAUGGGCCUGUGAAUUGCUGGAAUUGGUUGCAGGAUGUUGUGGUUAAGCUGUAUGAGAUGGGCCGUUCCGAUCCUCGGAAGGUCGUCUUCGCCGCGAAGAUGGGCUUGUCUUUGGCCCUUGUUUCGCUGGUGAUCUUCUUGAAAGAGCCUCUCCAGGAUGCUAGCCAGUACUCCAUCUGGGCGAUUCUUACCGUCGUUGUGGUUUUUGAGUUCAGCGUAGGUGCAACUCUGAACAAGGGAUUUAAUAGGGCCCUCGGGACAUUAUUAGCCGGAAGUAUUGCUCUUGGCAUUGCGGAGCUGUCUACCAUGACUGGUGAUUUGCAGGAGUUUAUCCUUGUAAUCAGCAUCUUUAUAGCAGGAUUUUGUGCCAGUUAUGCUAAGCUUUACCCGUCCAUGAAGUCAUACGAAUAUGGGUUUCGGGUAUUCUUGUUGACUUACUGCAUUGUGAUGGUAUCUGGGAGUUCUUCAACAUUUUUCGAAACAGCUUUUUACCGGCUAAUGCUCAUCGCUAUUGGAGCUGUCAUAUGUUUGGUUGUUAAUACCUGUCUAUACCCAAUCUGGGCUGGGGAGGACCUGCACAAAUUGGUUGUCAAGAAUUUCAAGGGUGUAGCUACUUCCUUGGAAGGGUGUGUUACUGGAUAUUUGGAAUGUGUGGAAUAUACUAGAGUUCCUUCGAAAAUACUGACGUACCAAGCUUCUGAUGACCCACUGUAUAAUGGUUACCGGACGGCUGUACAAUCUCUCAGUCAAGAGGAAUCACUGUUAGAUUUUGCGAGAUGGGAGCCACCUCAUGGCCCGUAUAGGUCAUUUAAAUAUCCUUGGAGAAACUACGUGGAAGUAAGUGGAGCUCUGAGGUAUUGCGCUUUCAUGGUGAUGGCGAUGCAUGGCUGCAUUCUAUCCGAGAUACAGGCACCAGCAGAAAAGAGAAAGGUUUUCAGUGAAGUGCUUCAAAGGGUUGGCACUGAAGGAGCUAAGGUAUUACGUGAGCUUGGAAGCAAGGUCGAACAGAUGGAGAAAUUAAGCCCUGGAGACAUACUCUUACCAGUGCAUAACGCAGCCGAAGAGCUGCAGAUGAAGAUAGAUGAGAAGUCGUACCUCCUGGUUAAUUCGGAGAGCUGGGAAUCCGCAGCGCAGCCCAAGGAACUCGAAGAUUUGGAGAACAUCCAAGAUUCUAAAGAUGCUGAAAAUAGACAGAGAGUGAUACAUUCGUUGAGUGAUAUUUGGGAACCACAGUUCUCGAAUGCAGCUGUCAAUUCAACGCUUCCUGAAUUUGUUUCCUCAGACAGUAUGAUUAAGAGGGCGUCGUGGCCACGUCUCUCGUUUAGUGCAAAUCCUUUGCCCAACGAACCGGAGUCGAAAGUAUAUGAGAGCGCUAGCUCCUUAUCUCUAGCAACAUUCACUUCACUUCUUAUUGAGUUCGUCGCGAGGCUUCAAAAUCUCGUGGAUGAAUUCGAAGAGCUUAGUGAGAAGGCAAAUUUCAGAGAUCCAGAGCCGCAACUGGUGCCCAAUGAAGACAUUGGCUUCUGGAGUAGGCUUCUGGGGCAUUUCAGGUCCAAAAACUGAGACAGGUCAAUCUUACUUCCUGGUGGUAUUUGAUAUAACGUUUGGAAUUUGUGUGUGUUGUGUUAAUACAUGGCUUCGCCUGUGUUUCCAUAAGAAUGGAAACUAAGGUUGCGCUAAGAGACCAUCGUGCGAGGGUCGCUUAGAUGGUAACAUAAGCUGGCUAUUAGUGGGAUUUUUUUGUCACUGCCCACGAUCAUAUCAUAGGUUUUGUCGAACUUAUGAGCAGAGCAUGUAUGUCGUGAUGUGAAUAUGGGUAAUUUGUUUGACUGGAUGAUCGAAUCGGCUUUGAUCGUCAUGUCAAGCUAUCAAGGUGAACAGAAAAUGGAGAAUCAAAGGAUGGUACGAAACACGAAAUUAUGUUCAGAGCGUGCUAAAGAAAAAAGGGAAAGAAGGGGAAAGCUUGUGUUUCCUUUCAGUGUCAUUAUUAGAAAGAUUUUGUUGAUGAGUUAUCCUUUUCUAUGGUUAUUUCUGCUCCUGUGCUCUGCGUAUUUC